AUGGUGAACCCCCUUUUUAUCUCACUAUGCAUUAUUUUAGCCAUACUUUUUGGUAGAAUGACAAACGUUGAUAUAAUGAUGUACGAGAGCAAACUUUUGGCUCAAGCUAGUGAUAUUAUUGAAAGGGGCAAUUUUUCUUAUUAUUAUAUUUAUAGUGCUGGACCGCUUAUCCUAAAUUUAACAUCCUUGUUGGGUGAUGCAGAUUUAUAUAUUUCGGAUACAAACAUGUAUCCAACUUAUGAUGCAGAUUCUUAUAAGUUACAUUCAGCCACUUGUGGACAAGAUAUUAUUGAAAUUCCCGAAAGUUUUGAAUAUCCAUUAGCAGUAGGUAUAUAUGGCCAUGCAGAAUACAGCGUUUUCACCUUGGAAAUUUGGGAUGUCCCAAAUUAUGAAUAUAAAAAUAAAUAUUGGUUGUUGGUAACUAAGGAUGCACCAACAAAUAUUGACGAAACCACUAGAAAUGAAGACACCAAUAAAAAAACUAACAAUAAGCCAAUAUCUAAGAAAAAGAAAGCCAAAUCUACUAGUUCAACUGCAUCCAGUAUAUUUUCUUUGUUGGAAGUGAUACAGUUAAUUUUUCUGUGA